UAGUGUUUUUUUUUGGUUCAUUUGACGGGUUUAGUGGGUUUUCAGUGGGAAAUUCUGGUCUCCAGAACCUACAUAUUUAUCUAAACCCUCUAAAACCCUCAAGUCCUUGAAAAUCUGGGAAUAAUGAAUUGUAGCUUGAUGAGAUUACAAGUUUCAAUUCCCAUCACAACUUCUCUCACCAUUGAUUCUCUACUACCCUCUUCUCAUACUUCUCCAUUAUUACCUACUAAGCUUCAUUUUCUCUCUUCCAUUUCAUUUUUCAACACUCUAAAACCCUCAAAAACAGCUCAAAAUCUCAGCUUCAGGUCUACAGCAUCAGAUUCAACAAAUGCUCAUGCUGCUGAAUUGGGUGGGCCCCAAGUUGUGGAUGAUGAAGCAGAGGUUGAAAUUGCUGAGGGUUUUACAAUGACCCAAUUUUGUGAUAAGAUGAUUGAUUUGUUUAUGAAUGAGAAACCCAGGCCUAAAGAUUGGAGAAAGUAUCUGUUUUUUAGGGAUGAGUGGAAGAAAUACAGGGAUAGAUUCUAUAACAGAUGUCGAAUUCGAGCUGAUAUGGAGAAUGAUCCUGUUUUGGUGGAGAAGCUUAAUUCUUUGGGUAGAAAAGUUAAGAAGAUUGAUGAUGAAAUUGAAAGACAUAGUGAGCUUCUGAAGGAGAUAGAAGAUAAUCCUACUGACAUCAAUGCAAUUGUUGCCAAGCGGCGUAGAGACUUCAAUGGGGAGUUCUUUCGCCACCUCACGUUACUUAAACAGAAUUAUGACAGUUUGGAGGACCGUGAUGGUGUUGCUAGGCUAGCUGCAAGGUGCUUGUCUGCAGUCUCUGCUUAUGACAACACGUUAGAGAUUGUGGAAACAUUUGACACUGCUCAAGCUAAAUUUGAUGACAUUUUGAACUCUCCAUCAAUUGAUAUUGCCUGUGAGAAGAUAAAAAGUUUUGCCAAGGGAAAGCAGCUUGACUCUUCAUUGAUAUUAUUGAUAAAUAGUGCAUGGGCUAAAGCAAGAGAGUCCACAACAAUGAAGAAUGAGGUAAAAGAGAUAAUGCAUCGUAUUUAUACAACAACAAAAAGCAGCCUGAGAAGCAUAUCACCAAAAGAAAUUAAACUGCUCAAGCACUUGCUUAACAUAACAGACCCUGAAGAGCGAUUCUCUGCGUUGGCCACAGCUUUCUGCCCUGGAGGUGAACAGGAAGCCAAGGAUCCUAAUGGUCUUUAUACGACACCGAAGGAGCUGCAUAAGUGGAUAAACAUCAUGCUUGACGCAUACCAUCUAAGUCAAGAAGAGACAGAGAUUAGGGAAGCGAAGCAAAUUGAUGAACCUGUAGUUAUCCAAAGGCUCUUCAUUCUCAAGAAAACAAUAGAGGAAGAGUACUUGGAGCGCGAAGUAAAAACAGGUCCACAGGCUGAUAAGUCUGAAGAGAUAUUCUAAGGGGCCUGAUAUACUUACCAUUUAGUAAUUACCAGCUGCUAUAUGUUGUACUAUAGUGUGUAGUUUUGCUGGUUCUAAAUUAGCUUCUUGUACAUAACAUCCCAGAUAGUGUGAACCUGUUAAGGUUGUCCUUCUCCUUGUGUAUGUGAUGUUGCUGAUGUCAAAAUUCUAUUCAUUGAUUAAACAAGAGUUGAUAGAGUAUUGAUCAAA